AUGCGUACGGUGGCUUUAAUCAGCGGCGGGAAGGACAGCUGCUAUAAUAUGAUGCAGUGCGUUGGUGCCGGCCACUCUAUCGUCGCACUGGCCAACCUCCAACCUGUCCUCAAAGAUGAAUUGGAUAGUUACAUGUACCAGACUGUUGGCCACCAAGGCAUUGAAUUAUAUGCUGAAGCAAUGGGCCUGCCACUUUAUAGAGAAGCAAUUUCUGGUGUAGCUGUUAACCAAGGCAGGAAUUAUAAGCCCACUGUAAAUGAUGAAGUUGAAGAUCUUUAUAGACUGCUUCUGAGGAUAAAGAAUGAAUUGGAUGUGGAGGCUGUCUCUUGCGGAGCUAUUCUUUCUGAUUACCAAAGAGUUAGAGUUGAAAAUGUAUGUCAAAGACUUGGUUUAAUAUCUCUUGCUUACUUGUGGAGAAGGAAUCAAAAAGAACUUCUACAAGAGAUGAUAUCUAGUGGUGUUGAGGCUAUCAUUAUUAAGGUUGCAGCUCUUGGCUUAGAUCCUAGAGUUCAUUUAGGUAAGACCCUUAAAGAAAUUCAACCACAUCUUCUAGUCAUGCAAGAAAAGUAUGGGCUUAAUGUUUGCGGCGAGGGUGGGGAGUACGAAACAUUCACAUUGGAUUGUCCUUUGUUUAAAAAACGAUUGGUGAUAGAUGAAAAAGAGUUAAUAAUUCAUACAGAAGACUCAGUCGCUUCAGUUGGCUAUUUAAAUUUAAAACUGCAUGUUGAACCAAAACCUGACUUCAAUGGUGAGAUCAUACUACCUCCUGCUGUUAAAAAUGCCUUUGACUUUAAGGAUUUGAGUGAUUCUGUAUUUAGUGAUAUAAGUGAUAUAGAAGAAUCAGAGUUAGAAUCAAUUGAAAAGUUAAAAAUUGAAGAAGAAAAGAAGCAGAAGGAGUUGAAUCCAUUAAUAAGCUAUGAAGGCAAUGCCAAUAUUGGAGCAGACGAUGUAGACAAUUCAAAUGAAGAUGUAACUGAUGAUGGCUAUUAUUAUGAUGAAGGGCAUAAUGAAAAUGAUAGGUUUCCAGUAAUUGAUCAUAGUUCUAUCUAUGGUAAUGGACAAGGAUGGUUUUACAUUGGGGGAAUUGUUGGAGAAGCUUCAGACACAGCAAAGGCGACAGAAGAUGCUAUUAAUAAAUUAAUUAAUUUGCUGCAGUCUAAAGAGUUACAACUGGAAGAUGUAUGUUCAGUGAACAUCUACAUGCGCGAUAUGGGGCAAUAUGCAGACCUCAAUGCUGUCUAUGUAAAGGCUUUCAGCUUUGCAAACCCACCUACUCGAGUCUGUGUACAAUGCCCUUUACCAAAUGAAAUAGGGCUUAUUAUAGAUGCCGUUGCACACAAAUGUUUACCGAGUAGUAUGGAAGGUGAGAGUAACAACUCAAAGGAGAGAGUAACGAUGCAUGUUCAAGGCAUUUCUCAUUGGGCACCCGCCAAUAUUGGACCUUAUAGUCAGGCUGUUAAGAUAGGCGAGGUAGUAGGCACAUGUGGGCAAAUAGCGCUAGUUCCUGGAACAAUGCGGCUAGUGGAGGGCGGUGCGCGUGUGCAGUGUGCGCUAGCUUUGAGACAUCUCACGCGAGUCAUCAAAGCAGCACAUCCCAGGGCGCAUAUACGGAGUGUCGUACAGAGCGUGUGCUACGUGGUGUCGGGCGGAGGAAGAGGCGGCGCCCGCGAAGCCCGCAGGCAGUUGGAGCGGAGGACGGCUGGGGCCAUGGUGCAGUGCGCCGUGGUGGGGGCUCUACCGCGCAACGCCAGGCUAGAAUGGCAUGCGUGGGCGCAUACCGAUAAUAACAGAUUCGAUUAUGAGGAAACAGGUUGUAAUGUGGGUGAAUACAAGGUGGCGAUAACUCGUCGUUGGAACUACGAAAAUACAGUCGCAGCUAUCGUCUGUUAUGUCGCAACAGGAUCAUCACCUUCUACCUGUCAACUGUGGUUCCCAGACGAAGCGACAUGUCGCUCUCAUCGCGAACUCGCAUCAUCCAUGUCCAGAGAGGAUCUUGAGGCCGUACUUGAGUAUGCGCUGAAGAAGCUGCUCAAUGAGUGUCAGCAGAGGGAAUCGGACCCAGCGCUUAGUGUUAGGAUAUUUUAUCAGGUGUGGAGCGCUCCGCCGCCAAGCGUCAUGGUGUCAGCGACGUACGCAGCCGGCAAAGCGAUGGGUGCGCGCGUAGCGGUCACGUGCGUGCCCGUACUCGCACUGCAUAACGCCUUCUCCUUUUUGUCCAUCAGCGGACUACGCUUUGACGAGUGA